UCCUAAGUUUUACUUCUGCUUUUCUAACUUUUGCAGGUCUUAAUUGAGCGACAGCCUCCCAUCUUUGGAGAUAAGCCUAACUUUUGGUGAGACAAACAUGCACUGCAGUCAUCCAGGCUGGGUCCUCAUGUUCUUAUGCCUGUUGCUGCUGAUCCUGGCUCCUGGGCAUGAACACUCAGGAGUACCAUCAAAAGCUGUAAUUCUGCUUGAUCCUCCAUGGUCUGCAGCCUUUAAAGGAGAAACUGUGACUCUUACUUGCAUGAAUUUCCAUUCACCAGCCCAGGGAGACACAACUUGGUAUCAUGGAAAGGAUUUGUUGAAAGUAACAUCUAGAAAUAUAAGAAUGGAAGAGUCUGGGUAUUACCAAUGCAAGACUCAAAGAUCCUCCUUCAGUGACCCUGUGCUUGUCGAAUUUUCAUCUGACCAGCUGAUCCUUCAGGCUCCACACCCUGUCUUUGAAGGAGAUACCAUAUCUCUGAAAUGCCGAGGGAAAGAAGAGAAGAAAACAAGUGAUAAGAUUUACUACAAAAAUGGAAAAAAACUUAAGAAUAGCUAUAACACAGACUCAGUCACAUUAAAGUCAGUCUCUAGGGAUAAUAGUGAAUAUCACUGUACUGCUUCUAUUGAGUUUUUAAGCAUUUUUUCACGGACAAUAACUUCAAAGCCUCUAAAGAUACAAGUUCAAGAGUUGUUUCUACCUCCUGUGCUGACAGCCACCCCCUCCCAACCCACUGAGGGAGGCCCGGUGACCCUGACUUGUGAGACUCAGCUCCCUCCACAGAAGUCAAAUGUCCAGCUCCAGUUCUGCUUCUUCAGAGAUGGUCAGAUUCUGGGAUCAGGCUGCAGCAGCUCCCUAGAACUCCAAAUCCCCACCAUGUGGAGGAAAGACUCGGGGUCCUACUGGUGCAUGGCAGAAGCAAUGGCUUACAGAAUCUCAAAGAAUAGCUCAAGGUCCCAGAUCCAUGUACAGAGAAUCCCUGUGUCUGAGGUGAUUCUAGAAACCAAGCCCCCAGGGGGACAGCUGAUUGAAGGAGAAAAUCUGGUCCUUAUCUGCUCAGUAGCCAAGGGCACAGGGACUAUCACAUUCUCCUGGCAUAAAGAGGGAACACGAAAUCUUGGCAGAAAGACCCAGCACUCCCUGUUGGCAGAGCUGCAGAUACCCACUGUGAAGAUGCAUGAUGCUGGGAGAUACUACUGUGCAGCUGACAACAAUUAUGGCCCCAUUAUCAGCAAGUGGAUUAGAGUCACUGUCAGAAGUCCAGUGUCCCACCCUGUUCUCACUCUCAAGGCUCCAAGGGCCCAGGCUGUGGUGGGAGAUAUGGUGGAACUUCACUGCAAGGCCCUGAGAGGCUCUCCCCCAAUCCUAUACCGGUUUUAUCAUGAGGAUGUGAUCAUGGGGAAUAGCUCAGCCCCUUCCGGAGGAGGAGUGUCCUUCAACUUCUCUCUGACUGUAGAUCAUUCUGGAAACUAUUCCUGUGAUGCUAACAAUGGACUGGGGUCCCAGCAUAGUCACAGAGUGAGUCUCAAGGUCAUAGUUCCAGUGUCUCACCCUGUCCUCACCCUCAGGCCCCCAGCAGCCCAAACUAAAGUGGGGGAUGUGGUGGAACUUCACUGUGAGGCCUUGGGAGGCUCUCCUCCCAUUAUGUACCAGUUUUAUCAUGAAGACAUCACCCUGGGGAACAGCUUGGCCCCCUCAGGAGGAGGAGCAUCCUUCAAACUCUUUCUCCCAACAGAGCUUGUUGGAAACUACUCCUGUGAUGCUGACAAUGGCCUGGGGGCUCAGCACAGUGAGGUGAUGGCAUUCAACAUCACAGGGACGCCCAGGAACAGAACCACACUUGUCACUGCAGGAAUCACUGUGGGAUUGCUCAGCUUUCUUGGCUUUGCCAUUGCUGCCCUUCUGUUAUAUCACUUCUGGACCCAAAGGAAAUCAGGAGGACUUUCUGCUGCUGGAACACCUAGUGCCAAUGACUGUCAGGAGCCUUCGUUGUCCAGAUCAUGUAUUACCAACCCCCAGGAGUCCUCCCACUCUGAGACGUUAGCCCUAAUGGAGCUGCAGCCAGUGUACAACGUAAAUCCUGAAGAGAGCCACGUGGUCUAUUCCCAGAUUAGGAACACGCGGCAUACAAAAGAAAAUUCAGCAAAUUCAGCAAGGAUGCAUCAGAAAGAUAAGGAACCUGUAGUCAUUUAUUCAGAGUUGAAGAAGGUGUACGUCAAUGACAGCAGUAGAGGCACUGACCAUGAAGAUGCUACAGGAAACUAUGAGAAUGUUCCAUGA